UUUCGUUUAGAAACGUGUACCGGAAUUGUCAUUUUUGUAGCAACCAGUUUACAUGUACGUGGCAGAAUUUCAGGAUGCACCGGCUAAAGGCAUUAAUUUUUGUACCAAUUUUAGUGAUACUCUUUAUUCCCUCUGGGGCAAAGAAAGGGAAGUCACUCAUCCUUGAGCUAGAUGACUUGAAGGAGUUCAAGAAAACCUUGAGGACAAAAACCAAUCUUUUAGUAGCCUUCGCUAAGUCAGACAAUGCAGCAUCAAAGCAGAUGUCAUUAUUGGAGGACCUUGCCGAGGAAAUUAAAGGAAAAGGAACUGUGGCCUUCGUAGAUUGCAGUGAGGCAAAAAAACUAUGCAAAAAUUUGAAAGUUUCUCCGUCACCCUUGGAGCUGAGACAUUACAAGGAUGGAGACUUUAACAAAAAUUAUGACAGAAAAAUGGUUAAAAAGUCGUUGGUGAACUUUAUGUAUGAUCCUACAGGUGAUAUACCCUGGGACGAGGAGGCCGGGGCUGAGGAUGUUGUACAUGUAGAGAGUGAACAGGGGUUCAACAAGCUUCUUAAGAAAGGAAAAUAUCCAAUUCUAGCCAUGUUUUAUGCACCAUGGUGUGGAUUCUGUAAGAGGUUGAAGCCAGAUUUUGCUGCAGCAGCUACAGAACUAAAAGGACAAGUGAUAAUGGCAGGGAUAGAUGUAGAUAAACCACAACAGAUGGCCCUUAGAGCACAAUAUAACAUUACAGGAUUUCCUACACUUUACUAUUUUGAGGGUGGAAAAUUAAAAUACAAAUAUGGUGGAGAAAAUAAUAAAGAAGGUCUUGUAAAAUGGCUUAAAAAUCCCAGUGAGCCAGAGGAGCCUAAACCGGAAACACAGUGGGAGGACGAGGCACCGGAAGUAGCUCAUCUCCAUGACAACACCUGGGAGGAUUUCAUGUCAACACAUGGUUCCGUACUUGUCAUGUUUUAUGCCCCAUGGUGUGGUCACUGUAAGAAGAUGAAACCUGAAUACCAGGAGGCAGCUCAAACUAUGAAAGCAGAAAAUAUUGAAGGACAGUUGGCAGCUGUAGAUGUUACAAUAGAUAAAAAAUUAGGAGAUCAAUUUAGUAUAAAGGGAUUCCCAACAGUGAAGUACUUUAAAAAUGGUGUAGAAGAGUUUGAUUUUAAUGAAAGAACAGCUGAUAAAAUUGUUGAUUUUAUGAGAGAUCCAAAAGAGCCCCCACCGCCCCCGGAGCCAGAAAAAUCGUGGGAGGAGACUGAGAGUGAUGUUGUACAUCUGACAGAUGAUGAUUUUAAACCUGUACUGAAAAAGAAGAAACAUGCUUUAGUUAUGUUUUACGCUCCAUGGUGUGGUCAUUGUAAGAAAGCUAAACCAGAAUAUAUGUCUGCAGCAGCUCAGUUUAAAGAUGAUACAAAGGUAAUGUUUGCAGCCAUGGAUUGUACUAUACACAGGACUUCAUGUACAGCUCAUGAUGUUAGUGGAUAUCCUACAUUUAAAUAUUUUAACUACGGGAAAAAUGCGCAGAAAUAUAUGGGAGGAAGGGAGGAACCAGACUUUAUAAAGUUUAUGAAGGAUCCCCUCAAUACAGAGCCGGAACCCAGCAAGCCUCCAUCACCUUCCCCAGAAGAACACUGGAGUGACGUGACUGGUUUCCAAAAUGUGGCCUUUCCAUCUGGAGAUAAUUUUGAGAACUUUAUAAAAGAACAUAACUCAGUUCUUGUUAUGUUUUAUGCACCAUGGUGUGGUCAUUGUAAAGCAAUGAAGCCUGCAUAUGGUGAAGCUGCUACUUUACUUAAACAAGAAAAUCAUGCAGGUAUAUUAGCAGCUGUUGAUGCAACUAUAGAUAAUGCCUUAGCUAGUAAAUAUGAAGUGAGAGGUUAUCCUACUCUUAAAUAUUUCAAGAAUGGUAAAUUUGCCUUUGAUUAUGGUAGUGGAAGAUCUACAGAUAAUUUAGUUGCCUUUAUGAAAAAUCCUAAAGAGCCAGGACCACCCCCGGAGGCAGAGCCAGCCUGGGACACGGUUAAGAGUGCUGUAAAUCACCUGACUGGUGAUAACUUUAGCUCAUUUACAGCCUCGAAAGAUGCUGUCCUUGUCAUGUUUUAUGCUCCAUGGUGUGGUCAUUGCAAGAAGGCCAAGCCAAGUUACCAGGGAGCUGCAGAUAAGUUAGGGGAUAGUCGUCGAGCUUUAGCUGCCGUGGAUUGUACUGCUGCUAAAAGUAAAGAUUUAUGUUCCAAAGAAGGCAUUAAAGGAUUCCCAACAAUAAAGUUGUAUGUUAAAGGUCAGUUCCUCGUAGAAUACAGCGGUGAUAGAACAGAAGAAGAGUUCUUUAAAUUUAUCAUGAACGCCCCAACGGUGAAGGAAGAAUUGUAGAGUUAAAAGAUCUGUCUUUGUUUUAUGUUUUAAACCAUGUCAUAUUUCAGUUUCCAUUACUUGAUUUAUUAAAUAAACUUUAAGCCAGGUCAGUUAAAAAGUGUUUCCUGGAAAGAAAAUGUUCACAAGAUUUUACGACUUGUAGAAAAAUUUUCAUGAAUUUGUUCCAAUUUCUAAAAUGAUUUUGUUCCAAUUUCGAAGACGAUUGUAUUGAAAAGAUUCAGUAUUACUUUAUUUCCUUUGAUAAUUGGAAGAUAUUCUCUUUGGUAUAUUGUUUAAGGUAAUAUUGAUAUCUUAUUGUGUAAGAUUCAGUAUUUAACAUUUAGAUACCUUGAAUUAGUCAGUUUUCAAUUUAUUUAUUUCGGGUUGAUUUAAGUUACUUUACUAACAAUCAGUUGAUACUCUGACAUCGAAUAUUUUUUUUAUAAAAAAACCCAACACAUUUCCAUAGUAACAUUUUCAUUAGAUUUUAUAUGUUUAUAUAAGUGUUAGGUUAUUGAAUACUGUUUUUGUCAUUGUUUUAUUAAUGAUGCAAUUGUUAAGAACGUUUUAUUCCUCCCAUUUUGUAACAUUUAAAAUGUGAAGUUUACACAUAAAAUGACAAAAAUGUUUAUAAUCUGUUACUGUUGUUGAUCAUCACCUUCAAGAGACAUGAUUACCGUAUCAAAACAUAGUUGUAUGCUUAAUUUAAAGCUGCAUGCCUCCAGAUAAGCCAAAAUAAUUCAAGAAAAUCAGGCUUGAGAAAAAAUGUAUUAGGAUUUUAAGAAAAGUUAAACUAAGUAAUAGUUUACAUGUUAUGUACAUUUAAUGACUGACUUUGCGGUAAAAAUUUCGAUAUUUUGAAUGCGUGACUAAUGCACAAAGGACAAUUUUUGCAUAAUUUCACUCCUAACUGGUAAUAAAUGUUGAUAGUAAGUUGUGGUUUGCAAUGUGUAAAUUACUGUCCAUUUCAUUUUCAAAAUUUUGAUGAAAAUAUGCAUGUUUCUGGAGGCAUGCUGCAUAAACAAAAUCAACUUUUAGUGAGGUGUUUUGUUCCACACUUAGGAACAUAAUAAAUGAGCCAUUUAUGUGGACGUCAUAAUCGUAACAUAGCCUUAAAUUGUUUACCUGAUCUUGUAUACUGACAACAAACAAAAUUUUGAGCCGCGUCACGACACAACACACAUAGUGCGUUUGCGACAAGCUUGGAUCCAGACCAGCCUGCGCAUCCGCGCAGUCUGAUCAGAAUCCAUGCUGUUCGCUAUCAGUUUCUCUACAUGUAAUAGGGUUGGUAAGCGAACAGCAUGGAUCCUGAUCAGACUGCGCGGAUGUGUAGGCUGGUCUGGAUCCAUGCUGGUAGCAAACCCACUAUGUUGGUUUUGUUGUGACACGGCUCAAAUAAUUGACAUGACAUGAGUUUUGUUACUGUUCACUUCUCACUUUGCAUUUAUUAUUUGAAAUUGUUUGUUCACGUGUUUAUGACUUGUAAUAAUUUUUUAUAUUGAAUUCACCAAAACAAUUCAGGUUCAAAACUGCUGACAUUUUGUAUGAAAUCUAUAAAUUGUAUGAAAUUUAUAAAUAUGACAAGAUAUACACCAUUUAUCACAUAAACCGCGGUGCAGAGGUGAAAUAAAGCCAUUUAAUAAGAACUAUUUUAAAUAUGUGACAAAUAGAAUAUAAUAUUUGUAUAGAUCCAAUACCAAUUGAAAAAUUAAUUGAACUUGUUGGAUAAAACAAUGCUAUGCUCGCCAGAGGCUUUAUUCAACUUGUUAAAUAAAUUUAGUAUUAAAGCUACACUCAUUCAAUAUCCUCUAUGUAUUGUUCUAAUUCUUUUAACAUGACUGACUCAAGUUUCUAUUAAUACAAGCAAUAAAUUUGGCAAGAUUUGAUAAUAAACUGUUAUAUUGUCUGGUGUUGUAAUGUAUUUACAGAUAAAGCUAACUUGCAAUAGUAUAAUUGUGUUGGGAAUGUGCUAACAAGUAUGGUAUUUUUUUGUUCAACAAAGCAGCUUAAUUUAUGGCCUUUCUAUACCUGAUAUAUUUUGUUAUGUUUCGUUUGCAUAUUUUUCUGAUUGCUUCUUAUUAUACUAAAUUGGAAUCAUUGUAUUUUAAAGCAAACAAAAAUAAAUUUUCUUUCUUUAUAAAGUUCAAAUAUGAGUUUCAUAAUGUCUUAGAGCAUGUUAAAUGUGUAUCAUCAGAAGAUAAAUUUAAAGAUAAAUUAUUUGUCAUAAUAGUAGCAAAAUGUAUACUUUACUAAAUGCCAAAAACAGAAUAGCAGUAAAAGAUGGUUCAAGUAAUUAACUAAUGGUUUAUUUUGGAAACUUUAGCAGGACACUAGAAAUUGAAAAACUUUUGAGAAAUAAAAAUUAAAGCAUUUAUAAAUGGGCCUUUCAAUAAGAUUUCAUUGAGAAUUAUUUUUUAUAGUUGAUGCCAUUAAAAUAUUAAGCGGAUAUUAUUUAUGAUGUUCGAAAAUUACAUAAAGCAGCAAGUCUGAAGCUUGGGGCUGGGGAAAUUAUUUAUUGCAUAUAUUAGUGGUGGAGCUCUUCUGACUAGGGUGAAAGGAGGGAGGGGUGUGUUACGGCAAAAAGUGAAAUUGUUCAAUUUUAGACUGAUAUUAAUUAGAUAAUCUUUUAAGUUAGUGAAGUUCAUGGCUCUAUGAACUUCAGGAAUAUUUCAUACUUUAUAAUUUAUAAUAAAAGGUAUUAUAUAUAUUGUAAUGAAAUCCAGAUUUUAAUAUAGAAAACUUUACAUGUACUUGUGAUUUUCAGUUAAUUUUUAUCAUUUUUACAAAGCAAAAAAAGCCGGACUGAUGGGAUAAAUUUACUACUUACAUUAUUUUUUUUUGGUUUUGAAGAAAAAUUAUUUUUGGAUUGGGGUGGGGGGAUAUUUUAAACCCUGUAAUAUGAUAUUUUUUAAAUGUAUAAAAAUAUGUCUGAUUUUUCAAGAACAUAAAUUAAAUCUUGGGUUUUAUUUUUAUGUUUACUGAUAAUGCAGUGUAUUUUUGUAUUUUAUUGUUAAAAAAGAGACAAAUGUUCCAUUCCAUUUUUCCUUUAAUUUUCCUCUAUUCUUAUCUCUAUUCUUAUAAAAGCUGACAUUGUACUAUUAAGAAAAUUAGACUAUUAAACACUUUUUAAAAAAUAAAAUAAAAAAAAAACUUAGAUAGAAUAGCUAACCAUUAACUUAAGCUUUAAUUUUUCUAGACUUUUGUGUCUGGAAACAGCUGCAUGGUGCUAAAUUAAUACAAUGUAAUUUAAUUAUUAACCAAUUAGUAGAGAAUAAAAAAUCAAAUGCAGGGUAAUGGUGCUACACUAGUGUUUCAGAAAUCCCCCCAAAACAAACUUGAAAUGUACCUUUUUUGUGAAUGGUAAAUGAUAAAAGACAGUAAAAUGUGGCAGAUCAUAUCUUCAUAUUGGUCCCUGAAACAAAUAACUGACAAUACAUAAUAUAUGGCCAUAUUAAUUAAAAAUGUAUUUCUUUUUAUAAAAAUUCAUGUUUUCAAUGGUUAAUUACGACUUUUAUAUAAACUAUAUAUACAACUGCUGUCAAGUAAUGAAGUAAUUUUUUGUUUUAUAAAGUCCUUGUAAAGAUUCUUGACGUAAAUAAAUGAUAACUUAUUUACUUCAAACUUACAAUAUUAUUUAUGUGGUGAAGGUAAAGAAUUCUAAGGAGACACAGUACGUUUCCACAGAUAUUUACCAUGGAUUAUGAUGUUAUAUAUAGAAGAAAGUUUAGUUUGUUAUUUACCAGACAAUUCUUUUGUAUCAUAAACUUAAUUAUGUGACAUAAAUAUAUAACAUGUAUAAUAUCAAGUAUAUAAGAUAUGAUUUUAAUGAUAAGUACCCCUAUUAUAUAAAACUACAGCGUAAAGCAUGCUUGUUUUAGCUGUCACCAUGCUGCUCUGUUUUGAACUUGCCAUGAUUUAACCCUUGAUCGGAUUAAUUUGUGCGGUCAUUGUGCAGUUAAUUUACCCUUCUUUGAAAUUUUAACAGUCAAUUAAAUUUAUAAUACAGGAUUUCAAUAACAAAACCAAAAAUUGAGCUAUUAAUACAUAGUAUAGAGUCAGACUACACGGAUGUGCAGGCUGGCCUGGUUCUACACUGGUGACAAAUACUACAGGUAAUCACUUUUUGGUUCCACAGAUUAAGGGUUAAAUCUGGAAAUAUUUUAUAGUAAUCUCUAUGGGAUUACAGCAUCUAAAUACUUUAUACAAGCAGCUAAAAGAUCCAGAUCAAAUGUUAAACAGCUGAUAAAUAUUCAUUGAACAUUUCUUGUUUUUUGUACAAUUCACACUAACUUUCUUGUAAAAUAAGGAUAUUUUUUUUGCUUAUAUAUAUACAUAUACAACAGAUAUUACAUUAGAAUAUAAGAGUAUGAUAGGAACAUAAUUCUAGUGGUCUUGAAUUGUUUAUAGCAUAUUUUACAAAAUUAAAAAUUAACUCCCAGUAAAAUACAUUUAUUUGUACAAGGUGGUAGGCUUAUUUUUCGUGUAUUUUCAGUUUUGAUGACAUUUGUUGUGUAUGAUUAAAUGUAAUUUGUUAAGGGUGAGAGGAAAUUAUAAAACAAGUAUUGAAUCAUUAAAAAGAAUUUAUACAAUUA